AUGGGUCUCAACCUUCUUCCAUCCUUUCUCUCCCGCUUAGAAAAACAGGAGUGCAGGAGCCUCGGAGCGGGGAACCAAGAUCUCCACCACGGAAACCCGAACUCCCGAGCCGGAGGCGGGGGCCCUCCCUCCAGCAGAUGGCUCCAGCCCGGGGUCUCCAGUCGCUUCCAGGCCUCUUCGGGAGACUCGGGCCUCCCAGAUCCGCUCCCCGGAGCUCGCCGCCCCCCGAGCCCGGCUUCGCGCGGGCGCCCACAGCCCCGCCGGCCCCGCCUGCAGCCGGCAGGCCCGUCACCAGGCAACAGUCGCCAGCCCCGGGGACCUUGGGAGGCCUACCCCGGGCGCGGGUCCUUCCCCAUUCCUUCUCGCUGCCUGGGGAGCCCAAGCGAGAGCGCGGCCGGUGAAGGAGGUCGUUCUGUGCCCGUGGGGGGGUCACUCACCUCUUCCCCUUCUCCCCCGGGAGGGGCGGUGCUGGGGCUCUUUUCCCCCGCCCCCCCAAACGCCUCCUGGCUGCUCCUGCUCAGCCCCGGCGCCUGGCCACUGCCGCCGGCUUACUCCAUAGCCUCUCACACUCGCGCGGCCUCAAAGGCUGGAACCGGAGGAGGGAAGGGGGAGGGGAGGGGAGGGACUGGGGAGGAAGAGUAA